UCCCCGGCUGUCGAGAAACCGCGUCCCGCGCAUCGGAAAACCUUAGAAAAAACAUUAAAUACAGUCGGUUGGAGUUACUUUACAUUAAUUUGCUGUUCUAGUUUGGCACUUUGUUUAAUAGUUAUGGUCAUCAACACCAUUCAACUCGCUAGGGUCUAAGAAUAAGUGGUUUAUAAAGCGCAGUGUUUUGAAAUAACCAAACCUAAAAAUGAUCGGAAACGAUGCAUCAAAAUGGACUCCGGAAGACACCAUCAGGGUUUUGAUAGCUUCCGAUAUCCACCUGGGUCACCUAGAAAACGAUCCAGUGAGAGGCGAAGACAGCUUCAUCGCGUUCGAGGAGGUGCUGUCGCACGCCGUGGAGUACGACGUGGACCUGGUGCUGCUGGCCGGCGACCUGUUCGACCACGCCAAGCCGUCGCCCGCCAGCAUGUUCAAGUGCACGCAGAUCAUCCGCAAGUACUGCUUCGGCGACAAGCCCAUCGCCGUCGAGCUGCUGUCCGACCAGCUCGAGAACUUCUCGCGCGUCGCCAACUACGAGGACCCCAACCUCAACGUGUCCUACCCCAUCCUCUCCAUCCACGGGAACCACGACGACCCCGUGGGCCAGGGGAGCAUAAGCUCUCUGGACAUUUUGUCCAUAACGGGCCUAGUCAACUAUUUUGGGAAAUGGACUGAUUACACCCAUGUACGUAUCACACCCGUGCUUCUUCAAAAAGGAGUAACUAAAUUAGCUCUGUACGGUCUCAGUCAUCUCAAGGACCAGAGACUGUCGCGAUUGUUUGCAGAAAAAAAAGUUGAAAUGGAGAGACCGGAUGAGACUGAUGAUUGGUUUAAUUUAUUGGCAUUGCAUCAGAAUAGGGCAGACCGAGGACCAGGAAAUUACAUACGUGAAGAUGUACUGCCGUCUUUCUUAGACCUAGUUGUAUGGGGGCACGAACACGAUAGUUUAGUUUGUGAAAUGAAGAAGAGCAAAUCAGACGGUUUCUCAAUCGUGCAACCGGGAAGUACAGUAGCCACUUCACUAGCGGCGGGGGAAGCGUUGCCAAAGCAUUGCGCUUUGUUGCAAAUACAUAAGACAGAUUACAUACUGUAUCCGAUCCCUCUCAAAACAGUCAGGCCUUUCAUAUUUAAAACAGUAGUAUUAUCCGAGGAGAAUCUAGGUGAUGAAGGCGUUAAUGAAAAUGAGAAAGUACAAGAAUUUCUUAAGUUGAAAGUAAACGAAGCGGUCGAAGAAGCCGCAAGCAAACGCAGCGGAAAUCCUAAACAGCCUUCGCUGCCUCUCGUAAGGUUGAGCGUUUUUUACGAGAGAGAUUGCCAGGAUUUCAACAGAGUCAGAUUCGGGCAGAACUUCACCGGAGUCGUCGCGAACCCGAACGACGUGCUCAUAAUGAAGAGGGAGAAGAAAAUCCGGGAGCGGAAGGAGGCGCAGGCCGACGACGAGCCCGUAGAGAUGGCCUCGGCCGCCGCCGCCGCCGCCGACGUGGAGACGCUGCUGCACGCCUACUUCGGCGCGCUGCCGCCCGCGCGCCGGCCCGCCGUGCUGUCCGUGCGCGCGCUCACCGACGCCGUGCGCGACUUCACGCUCAAGCACGACGAGGACGUGUUCCGCCGCGUGUUCGACGCGCACAAGCGGCGCUGCGUGGCCGCGCUCAUGCAGUCCACGGCCGAGACGCCGGCCGAGGCCGACGAGCGCCUCGCCGACGCCAAGCGCGAGCUGGACGAGGCCGACGCCGAGCGCCUGGCCGAGCUGCUGGACCGCGCGCAGCGCCUGGCGCCGCCGCCCGUGCGCCAGCCGAUGGUGGUGCUGGAGCGCGACGUGGUGCAGCUGUCCAGCGACGACGAGCCGCCGGCGCGCGGCCGCGGGCGGGGCCGGGCCCGCGGGCGCGCGCGCGGCGGGCGCGGGCGAGGCCGGGCGGCGCGCGAGCCCGAGCCGGCGCCGGAGCCCGUGGAGCGCCGCACGCCGCGCCGCUCGGCCGCGCAGAAGUCCGCCUCGUGGCUGCAGAGCCUGGCGCAGUCGCGGCGCCGACGCAACUCCUCCGACGAGAUCGACUCUGACGACUGAUAGCUCUUAUUUCGAUUUCGCACAUGUAAAUGUAGGUUCUCUUUUAUUGUCAGCGCUUUAGGCCGGUCCUCGAGAUGUUCUCGAUUUUAUUUGUGCUGGUUUAUCUUAUUGUUAAUAAAUGAGAGUCAUUAUAAUUACAAAA